AAUAAACAAAUGAAAGAUGGAAGAAGAGGAAACAUUUACAAUGGCUUCUCUACCCCCCUCCCCACCCCACACCAGUAUAAAGCACAAAGUCUGUUGAAAAAGACAUGAACUUUCCUCAGCCUCUUCUGAGAAAGCAAAAAAACAAACCCUGAAAAAGGUUCAACAAAAGCUAGUCUUUUUGGUACAGAAACAAGGGAUUAAAGAUGAAAAAAUGAAAUAGGGAAGCCAUUUUUUCAUGAUAUACUUGAAGAUUUAGGGAUUUUAAUUUGGUUUUGAUUUCAGAAAGAAACACGUGAUGGCUGGAAACCCUAAUUGGUGGAGAAUUAAUGGCAUGCAUCAACAGUACUCUCAGCAGCAGAUUUCUUCAAGUCAUUUAUCAACAGCUUCUUCUGAAUAUUUGUAUGGAUCUUCUUCACUUUCUUCUAACUCUUCCUCUGAUCAUCAUCCCAAUCAAGAUUUUCCUGUACGGUCAUGGAGCCAACUUCUACUGGGUGGAUUUACUGGCGAUGAAGAUAGGUUUGAUACCAUUCUUUUGCAACGGAAAAAGUUGGAGAAUUGGGAAGACCAAAUUUUGAACUCAUCAUCUUUUAGGGUUCCUGCUCGUGAGGUAAAGCAAGAGAGAGGCCAUAUUUACAGUCAAGUAGAUGAUGAAUUUCAGGCAUGUAAAUCCUCUUGGCCUCAAGUUAUCCCAGUUUCAUCCCCUAAUUCCUAUAUAACAAGUUUAAGCAACAGCAUCUUGAAUUUCUCAAAUGCCAAGGGAAAUCGAAAGACUCCCGAUCAAUAUUCAACUGAGUGUAAUAGCACGAUCACUGGUGGGAUAUCUAAGAAGCCAAGGGUUCAACAAUUAUCUACUCAACCGGCUUUGAAGGUAAGAAAAGAGAAGUUGGGUGAUCGAAUUACAACUCUUCACCAACUUGUUUCCCCAUUUGGAAAGACUGACACUGCAUCUGUCUUGUCCGAAACCAUUGGCUACAUUAGAUUCCUUCAAGCUCAAAUUGAGGCCCUCUACUCUCCAUAUAUGCGCAAUGGAUCAGGAAACACAGGUCGCCAGCUAUCUGUUCAAGAAAGGAAUUGUUUAUUUCCUGACGAGCCUGUUCAGUUCUUCAAUGAGAUUGGAUGCGAAGGUAGAGAGGCAUCUAAGCAGGGAAAACAAAGCCAAGUUAAUGACUUGAGAAGUAGAGGUCUGUGUUUGGUUCCUGUGUCUUUCACUCAACAUGUGGGACAUGACAUUAAUGGAGGAUCUGAUUGCUGGACUCCAGCUCUGGGUGGAGGGUUCUGAACGUUGAAUCGCCUCGUCUAAAACUCGAGAUAUUAUAGAUUUGUUUCAUCAAAUGCAGCUUUUAAACGAGGUGGUUCGACAAUUUUCUGUGCUUGCCUUGUGAAGUGCUAUAACAUCACAAGCAGUCAGUCUCCAAGUUGAAGGCUGACUGCUGCUGAUGCUAUUAUGCAUAUUCUAAUGGGAAGAAACUUGAUGAUGCUGAUAUGCUAUCAAGCAUGGAAUUAUUUGGAUGUUGUUGAAAUUGGAAAAAUUGUCAUUCAAAUUUGAAUUAUUUAUGGACUUUUCA